CUCGCGGGGUACCCUGGGAAAAGGGAAGUGGGUCCGAAAUACGAAUUUGAAAAGCGUCUGGGAGUAGGCUUCAUAUUAGCAAGCUCUUUAGAAUGAAUGUCCACAGUUGGGUAUUACUCCACCAGUGACCCCGGACAGUAACAAAACAUAUAAAGCUCGAGCCCAAACCCCGCCACCAUCAUAGGUCCUAUAGUUGCUGUGGAAAUCAAUAAACAAUGGCAUCUAAGAAAUUUGCUGUUAAAUGCAAGGAUUUUGCUGUCCUGGUGGAUCUUCAUGUAUCACCGCAAGGGUCAAACAAAGAUACCAGCUGGUUUUCUGAAGAGAAGAAAGAGGAAGUCUGUUUGCUGUUAAAAGAAACCAUUGAUUCAAGAGUUAAGGAGUACUUGGAAGCACGUAAACAACAUAAGCCAUCAAGUACAGAAUUCACAAGAUCCAAUCCCUUGUCCUUAAAAGGCAAUGUGAAUUUUUGGAAGACUAAGAUUUUUGCAUCAUGUUAUGGCUUUCAGAUCACAGCCUAUUUCCUCAAGAGGGGGAUACACCUUCGCUGCAUUGGGAGCUCACAAAAUACUAAAUUCCGUGUAUUCCCUGACCAAUUUGUGGUCUGUGUUAGUCAGCUUGCAGUCAGUCCUGACAUCUUGGCAAAUCAGAAAGAAUUGACAGAAAGAGCUCUCCAUGGAGUGUCUGAUUAUUUUGCUGAGUGUGCAGAGAGUCCACUUCCUCCUGGUGCAAAACUCAAGAGAAAUGCUCUGAAAGAAAUUGUAAAAAGAACUGAAACAAAAAGCAUCUCAAGCAAAUCAGAGCCACAGGGCCACUGUGGGAACCUCUAUGACUCAGAUAUUGCAGUGGUGGCAAGGAGGAGCAGUGACGAUCAGGCCUUGUCCAGUCUCCCAUCAGAAUCCACGGGACAGGCAAAGGAUUACAUAAAGGCAGUGGAGAGCCACUGGAGGCUUCCUGUUCAAAAGCUGGAAAAUGUUAAUCAGACUCAACCAGAAGACACUAACAGCCAGCAAAAACCUCAUCCUGGGGAGCGGUUAAAGACAGGGCUUCUAAGUAGGAGCCCUGUCUACAGCUGUGAGUCAGCAUCACCAGGUCCAAAGCAAAGUCCACGGGCGGCCAAAACACAACAGAAACACAGGAACUGUGGCUCUGCGGAAGACUCCGACCACCACAAGAGAGUUUCUCUUGGAAGUGAUCAAUUAGUCUCAGGAGAAAUAAUAGUGGAAAACAGUGCAGCUGUCAGUGUUUUGCCAUCUUUAGAGCUGUCAGAUCCGGGGUUACUUUUGAAACAAGAUUUGGCAAAAACUUCCUCUAAGGAAAGGUUGCAUAUUUUGGAAAAUCUCUCCUCCAGACGUCUUAUGAAAAAUAACCCAGCACAGAAGCAGCAAACCAGCUCAGCCACAAAUGCUGGAAGAUUAUCUACAACUCAGGGCAACCUAAUCAAAAAAAGAAAGAAAUUGCAAAGUUGUAAUUGAGGAUAUAGUGGCCAAAUCUGUGAGACAGGAGAUCCACAUGUAUAGGAACUAAGAUAUAAAAGGAAUUAAUUCGAAUGAUUAUCUUAAAUAAGAAGUAUAUAUCAUGUUGGGGUUAGCUUUUGAGCAGUCACCACCAGGAGGAUAUAUGCUUGUUCUAAUAAUGUUGCUGCUUUCUUGUCGUAUUUUAUAACUGUCUUCAAACAUGAUUUUAAUGACCAAGAGGCAUUCACCUUGACAAGGAGGAUACCAUUUGUGCAAGGACUGCACAGAGAACAGAUACGCCCUUCUUUGACUCAUUAUUGUGCAGACCUUGUGAGGAGUGUAUGAGGACAGUGCCGUGGUGCUACAGGUGUGUUGUGGGGAUACAGUAGAGCUUCUCCCUAGUGAAAGAUGAAGCUUGUAGUUCUCAACAUGUGGUCCUAGCACCAGUAUCAUGGUCUGCAAAUACAUUAAAAAUGUGACUAUUAGGUUCCAUCCGGACAUGUUGAAUGAGGAGUUGGGUGAUUCUGAAAUAUGCUCAAAUUUGAGAACCACUGGACGAAUGGGAAACUCCCUAGUUUAUCCAGCCUGGCUACCAUGGCCUCCAGCUCCAGCUCAUCAGCUGGGGCCACGUGUGGACAUGUACACCCUCAGAUUCCUUCAAACUCGUAAAAUACGUGGGCUCAGUUUGUGAGUCAGCCUGUUUCCAGGUACUACAGUGGGACAGCCAAAGCACCUAGGGAGCUGUUACCCUUCUAAUUGCCGGAAGUUUGUGGAUAAUUCAUCCCAGCAUUAUGGGAAGACAUGGGAGAGGCUUGCCCUUGCUUGCAGCUCAGGCAUGCCUCUGUCCAUGCCCUUGCACCUCCUUGGUUAGGUUCAGGACAGACCAGAACCCAAAGGGACUCAGUGGCCAGAAUUUUCGUUUUUCCAUUUAGAAGGCUUUACAGGCAGUUUAAAUUCUCUUUACUUGCACAGUCUGCUCUCCUGAUGGUGCCACAGGAAAACAUAGAGCCUAAGAGUUCAACCUAGAAGGUUAGUCUGCACCCUAUUUUGAUCUGGAAAUUUUGAAGUUUCUUCAGGAGAAGGUGAGAGUCAGUAGAAAAACAGGAAAUCUCAGCAGUGUUGUUCACACUGGACAUUUCAAAAAUAAAAUCAGUUAUUUUUGAGAAAUGGUUCUCUGAAAGGUAUUUGAAAUAGAUUACCAGGAAAUACCUUAAGAAGAAAAAUCUUCAUAAUUGGCUUCUUACAGCUCAUCUAACAAUGAGAUGUAUGAACUUUGUUACUUCCAGUCAUGAUGGAGAUAGAUCAGAAUCUGAGGACUAGGUAAAGCCAGUCUUAAUGGGGCUUUGGUUGCUAAUUUUUUAAAAAUAAAGCAUUGAUUCUAAAGUAACAAACUUCUUUCAGAGGCCAUCCAUCCAUUGUGUCAUUUUUUCUGUUUACCAUCAGGUGCGCCUUUAAAGUACCAUCUCUAAGCAAAAAGAAAAUUGAGUAUAGUUCCCAAAAUGUUUAAAUCAGCCCCUCCCCCCAAAAAAGAAUACACAACUAGGUUCAGUGUAUGUUCAUGCUUGAAAUGAAUGAGUACCCUUCCCAUAUCUCUUUUCCCUGAAUGGGUUGUGCAAGAUGAGGCCCAUCAUUAGGCUACCACAUAUCAUGGCACUCUUGUGUCACGAAGUUCAGCUGUGGUCACAAAGCCUGGCCUUGAGUGUCCACUACUUUGGAGGUCCAACCCUGCCUGAAAACUUGUCCUUUUCCUGCAGUUCCAGCCUUGAUACCCCUACUAGAACCGUAUCGUAGUCCUGCCCCCUAGGAUUCUUUGCACUUCCUUUCUAGCUUUCUUCCAGCUCCCAUCUGACUCCAGUCAAGUCUGUAGAGGAAGAGUGAGCCCUGUAGAAUGCUAACCUCAGCAGAGCUGGUUCUGCUAGUACAAUGGGGAUAGACUGCUCAGAAUGGAAACUUCCUGAGAAGUGGUAGAGCAUUGAGGGCCCAUCAUAGGCCUUCUCUAUUAUAAUGACCAGUGUUCUAGAUAAGCUCUUAACUGAAGACAGGACCACAAUGUGUCAUUGAAUCAUCUUAAACAGAAAUAAGUAUUACAUCAUUUUAUAAACAGGGAGGGCACAGGUAAUCCCACUGGUGGAUCAAGAAGUCACUCUCUAGAAGAGUAUAGAAUAAAAUCAAUGGCCCUACCAGAAGCUGUUGCCUGCUGUAGAAGUAGAAGGCAAUAUUGGAAGUGAAAUCACCAGAGGAUGUUUUCUUGAAGAGAUUUUGUUCUGUUAACCUAGUCUUGAUGGUUAAGACCAAUAUGUGUGCUUGUAAUGAUUUCUUUUCAAGAAAAGUUUUGGGUAUAGAGUUUGUUAGAUUCAGUAAAAUAACAAUUUCUGUGCUCUAAAGGGGAAAACAGCACCCUUGGGUUAUAGAUAGAUGUGGUCUUUCUCACAGCCUUUAUGUACAGUGGUUUUUAACAGGAUUAACGGGAAUAGGACGUGGCUUUCAACUCCCACAGUAUGGCAUAUGUUUGAGGAAUUUUGCCUUUAAGCUUUUUCCUUACACAUGUCUGAAACACCCCUGGAUCUCUUGUUACUUGAGUGAUUGUGUGAUUCUUUGGGUAUUUGGAAGUACAAAGGGGAAGAUAGAUGCCAGGGUUUUUUUGUUUCUUAUUAGGUGGGAUAUGAAGGCUUCUCUACUGUUAGGAAUGGUAUGUAUUUUGAUAUUCUUAAUAAUAUUACUAAUUUGGUCUGAAAGUCUGAGACCUUGUCAAUAUUUGUAGUAAAAAAGAACAAUUCUUCAACAGCUCAAUACUCCAAAUUAAAUUUGUAUUCAAAUCCUGUGUGCUAGGAGGAGAGGUUGAUCAGAUUGAAUCAAUGUAAUAAUUUUGAACUCUCUUUAACUUGCUCAGUGUCUUUGUUUCUAAGCCACCUCUUUGUGCUUUCAAAUGCCAUUUUAAUAGAGAUUAGUUUUAUUUUAAUAAAUGUCCACAAAAAAUGUCUGGAAAAAAUCUGUGUGAUUUUUCUUACAUAUUCUUUUCUUUGCCACUGGAGGUUAACUGUCAUCCAGAUAGACAUGAUUCAUUAAAUGCAAAGGAGCAAACAUGUAGGAAGAAGAGAAUAAGUUUUUCAGUGGUUUGGUUGUACCCUUGUUUUAGUACUAAAAAGUAUGGAAAAUAAACGCUUUUUUAAAAAGCAAGUUUGUGCUGGGGGCUGGGGGUGUCAUUCGGUGGUGCAGUGAGUGUUGUGCAUGCACAGGGCCAUAGGUUUUAUCCUCAGCACCCCCCUCCACACACACUCUCUCUCUCAAAUUCCCAAUCUUUGAUUUGUGGAGAAUAUAACGUAUCUCUGAAUGAAAUUUCUCAGAGUAUGUCAUGGGGACGACAAUGGGAUCACCAUGUAAUUGUUUUCUUGUUGGUAUCAUGUUUGGAUUUUAGCAUGGAUUAUUGUGCAUAUCAGUGGCCUUUUAAUUUCAGAAAGUUUGGUGAGAGCAGAUACACAUAAGGGAAGGAAAAUGUGCCCAAGAGAAUGGUCUGGGAUCAUUGUGGGCGUUCCAGGAUUCCUUGCACUCCUCGGCAGCCCUUUAGUAAUAUUUCCACAAGAUGAGUGAGUGGCCCUCCUCUGAGAUAACGAGGGGCCUUCCUGUGAGCCACAACUUUUCUGUUCAGCAUGCUGUGACUUGAAUGUGGAAAUCAUCUUAAUUUCUUCUUUUCUCUUAUGAGGAAAUUUCCAUGCAUGGUUUGUCCAGACAAGAAUUCAUUCCUUGGUAUUGAAACACUACUGAAUUUAAAACAUGUUGAAGCAAGUUGAAAAAUCACAAUUAAGCUGGUUCCUCUUAAACAGUUUAAAGCCUUCCUUAGUACAAAAUAAAUUAAGCAUUGUAAAAUGAAGUUAAUGCAAGUAAUUAGUACAGAAG